UUACAUCUCAUCUCAUUUAAGACUAUUUCUUUUGACAUCAUAAACAUUCAAGCCACUUCUCUCUUAUUUGGAUGUUACAUUGGUGAACUAAGACCCACUAGGUGAUGUGCUAAAAUAAGGCUAUAAAACAUCCUCGUUUCUCUUCUACUCGUACUGCUCAUUCUCCCUCCCUGUCACAACCCUACAUCCAACACUUUCUUCUUCAGAAGUUUUUACAAUCGGCAACCAAAAGUGGGAAAAAAUCAAAAUACUAGGAAAACUGAAUGCGACCACCACCUGCAGUCCACAUGUCCCCACCGCUUUCUUCCGGGGAACCACAGAUGUCUUCCACUUCAACCUCAACAUGUAGGUGGCGGCCUUACUCCAACUCUAAUGGCUUAGAAGCUAACGCAGCCAUAGGGUUAGUCAUUCUCUUCUGUGCUCUAAUAUGCUCUCUGGCUCUCAACGCCGCCAUAUGCUGCUUCCUACGUGGCGGAGGCCAUUCUCGCAACAACCAACUUUCCCUAACCCAACAACAGCUAGAGCAGAGAAAGCCAGUCCCAGAAACAGCUGCAGCACGCAUGGUUGAAGCUUCAACACUGGUUUACUCAACGGGGAUGAAGCUGAUAGGAGCAGAGCCUGAAUGUGCUACCUGCUUGUCUGGAUUCGUGGAGGGAGAGAGGAUUCAAGUGUUGGGCAAGUGUAAGCAUGGAUUCCAUGUACAAUGCAUCCAACAGUGGUUGUCUUUUCACUUCUCUUGUCCCACUUGCCGUUCUACUUGUCUUUCUCCAUCUCCAUCGUCGGAAGAAACUUUCGACCAAUGCGUUGACAACAUUUCCCAACAAGUGGCGCCCCAGGGGAGAGCGUAGCAGCUUUGGAUGCUCUUCUUCGUAGGGUAAAAGGAGAGUAUGAAGUGAAACUGAAAAUAACUGUCAUGUCAAAGUAGUAGUUUCAAAUUGAAGGUAUUUAUCCAGAAAUCAACAAAGCUUUUUUAUUUAUUUAUUUUCAAGAGAAGAUUAUUUUGUUAAUUUUUUAUAUCGGACGAUAGCUGAAGUCAUGUUCCAAUUGGAGCAACCUCACAUUUCUUUAUUUUCCUCUACUUGGACACUUCCCUAAUUCUGCUCUAAGUUUUACAUCCACAGGAAUUCCAUGAGUUUAAGCUACAUGGGAAAGCAUUGAAUAAUUCAAAUUUCUCUUGCACGCUACAAGUAGCCCAUAACUUUUUUUCU